GUUAAUUUUACCGCCAUUCAUGCAUAUAAGCUCAAGAAAUUUGGUGCACGUUCGUUAGUCGUUCUCUGAAUUCCAUUGCAUUCAGUUUUAAGUCAGCAAGCAUUCUACUUCUCGUCAGCCGUCAAAAUGAGGGAAUGCAUUUCAAUACAUGUUGGACAAGCAGGUGUGCAGAUGGGAAAUUCUUGUUGGGAGUUGUACUGUUUGGAACAUGAUAUUCAGCCCGAUGGGCAAAUGCCCGCGGAUAAAACUGGGGUCGAAAAUUCAUUUGGCACAUUUUUCAGCGAAACUGGUUCUGGGAAAUACGUUCCGCGAGCUAUUUUUGUGGAUUUGGAGCCAUCAGUUAUAGAUGAAGUUCGUACAGGAACUUACAAGCAGCUGUAUCACCCAGAACAGCUUCUCACUGGCAAAGAAGAUGCAGCUAAUAACUAUGCUCGAGGUCAUUAUACUGUUGGGAAAGAAAUGGCAGACGCAGUAUUAGAUAGGAUAAGAAAAUUAGCAGAUCAAUGUAGUGGUUUACAAGGUUUUCUUAUAUUCCAUUCAUUUGGUGGAGGUACGGGAUCUGGAUUUACUUCAUUGCUCAUGGAACGUUUGUCUGUUGAUUACGGGAAGAAAUCAAAAUUACAGUUUGCUAUAUAUCCUGCUCCUCAAGUAUCGACAUCAGUUGUUGAGCCAUAUAAUUCAAUAUUAACAACACAUACAACUUUGGAUCAUUCGGAUUGUGCCUUCAUGGUCGACAACGAAGCCAUUUAUGACAUUUGUAAGCGCAACCUAGGCAUACCAAGACCUAAUUAUUCAAACUUAAAUCGCAUGGUUAGCCAAGUAGUGUCAUCAAUAACAACCUCUUUGAGAUUUUCUGGAGCUAUAAAUGUGGAUUUGAAUGAAUUCCAAACCAAUCUUGUGCCCUAUCCAAGGAUACAUUUUCCAUUAGUAACAUAUGCGCCUAUUCUUUCUGCAGAAAGAGCAUAUCAUGAACAAAUAUCAGUAGCAGAAAUUACUAGUGCUUGCUUUGAACCAGCUAAUCAAAUGGUGAAAUGUGACCCUCGUCAUGGAAAGUACAUGGCUUGCUGCAUGUUAUAUCGAGGAGAUAUUGUACCAAAGGAUGUUAAUACAGCAAUUGCUACUAUCAAGAGUAAAAAAAAUAUUAAUUUUGUGGAUUGGUGUCCGACAGGCUUCAAAGUUGGAAUCAACUGCCAACCUCCCACUUUAGUGCCAGGUGCAAAUUUGGCAAAAGUACAACGAGCAGUUUGCAUGUUAUCUAACACAACAGCAAUUGCAGAAGCUUGGUCAAGGCUCAAUCAUAAAUUUGAUUUGAUGUAUGCUAAACGAGCAUUUGUACAUUGGUAUGUUGGAGAAGGUAUGGAAGAAGGAGAGUUUUCUGAAGCACGUGAAGAUUUAGCUGCACUUGAAAAGGAUUACGAAGAGGUGGCUGCAGACUCUGCCGAAUGUGAACAGUCAGCAGAUGAAGAAUACUAACGCAAUUGCCUUAUUAUGUUUGAUUUUCCUGUGAUAUUUACCUUACCUUUUAUAUUUAUGUAAUUUUUGAAUUUACGUGUCAUGCUAUUUAAUAAAUUGAUUUUUAUAC